AUGACUGAGACAGUCCUCGUAUUUGGUGCCUCUGGCAACAUGGGAGUGGCGGCUGUCAUUGCCGCUCUCCGCUCAAACCGUCAAGUCAUUGCCGUCGUCCGCGAUCAGAACAACGCGGAGAAGAUAUACAAAUACGCGGGCACCCGUGAUGGAAUCACGAUUGCGCAAGCAGACCCUACUUCAGAGGAUUCUCUCCGAAGCCUUGUCGAUCAAGUCCGGGCUGGCAAGCUACCCGGCUUUCAACAUGUGUGGGCAUCUUCGGGAGGUAUCUACUGGGAUACGCCAAUCCUAGAGCUCGAGGCCUCUGCGCUACGCGAAGCUUUGAAGGUGAACUUCGAAGCCUAUAUAUAUGCUUAUCGCGCUACCGUUCCCUACUUGCUUGAACAAGGCUUCGCAAACAGCACUUGGACAGUGUGCACUGGAUCCCAAGGCUACAUUGGCGAGCGCGUGGCCCCAGCAGUGACGCAGGGUGCCUUGUUCAGCUUCGCUAUUGCGGCUGCUCGCGAGACCGAAAAGACAAACGUUCGCUUCAACGAGGUCUACCUCGCCUAUCGCGUCCAAGUUGAAGUGGAGGGAGGUUACCAGAACUGGAAUGGCUUCCAUAUCACGACCUCUGAAAGCUUUGCUCCUUUAUACGGAAAACUUUUGGAUCGGGCCGACAUCAAGGGCAACCGGGUCAGCGCCAAGAGCCCGCAGGAUGUCAUCACCUUGGCUGCCGAAAAGUUGUUCUAA